CUCUUUUUCUGUCCUUUCCAGCUUGUUCUAUAAAAGACAAGUAGUAAAAAGUUAGAUCUCUUUCACUCUUUCUUCACUUUUAUAUAUACAUAUACAGCACUUUUCUUGAAAAUCGCUUAUUAUUUUAACCAUGGCUCGUAAACGAACCGAAGAAGAAAUGCAGGAAGAAGACGAAGUGCCUUUCGAUCAACAUGAAGACGACGAAGAUGAGGACGAAGACGAAGAUGAAGACGAAGAAGUGCGUCCUUCCAAACGAAAAUUCAAUCCCUUCAUCGAUGAAAUGGCCAUUGUAGACGAUGACGAAGAAGAAGAAGAAGAGGACGACGACUAUUCCAAAGAAGACGGUUUUAUUGAAGAAGAAACUACUGAACUACCUUCAGCUAAAGAUAUACAACGACGACACUUGGAUCUUGACCGAAGACGACGGGAAGUAGAAGAUAUGGAUGACGAAGAAGUGGCUGCCUUUUAUGCAAAGAAAUAUGGUGGACGCAAAACACAAGCUUUCAAGACAUCACAAGAUGUCCCACAGCAAUUACUAUUACCAAGUGUUAGUGAUCCAAACUUGUGGGUGGUCAAAUGCAAGCCUGGCAAGGAAAAGGAUAUUAUUUUUGGCAUGAUGAAACGAUACUUUGAUCGACAAUACAGUGAUAAUCCUCUGGAAACAUUUUCUGCCUUCUCCAAAGAUUCAUUGAAAGGAUAUAUUUAUAUUGAAGCAAGACGACAAGCACAUGUACAACAAGCAUUGGCGAAUAUUCCCUUUGUAUAUCAAACAUCACUCAAUCUGGUGCCAAUUAAGGAAAUGGUGGAUUCAAUCAACAUUGUACGCAAGGAAAAGGAUAUCCCUAUGGGUGGUUGGGUUCGUGUCAAACGUGGAAAAUAUACUGGUGAUCUGGGUCAAGUCUUGGAACUAUCUGAUGCUCAAGAUACCGCUCUAAUCAAACUUGUACCUCGAUUGGAUUUGGACUCUCAACGUGAUGAAGAUGUUUAUGGACAACGAAAGAAAACUUCUGGUAAUGCCGUUUCUCGUCCUUCUCAAAAAAUGUUUAAUCCUGAGCGUCUUGGUAAACACGUCAUUUCAAGUUUACAAAAGAAGGGACCUUACUGGGUGUUCAAUGGUGAUCAUUUUCGUGAUGGUUAUUUGGAAAAGCGAAUGAAGGUGGCAACAUUACAGACUGGAAAUGUAAAUCCCUCUUUGGAUGAAAUUGCAAAAUUCGCUGGUGAUGGUGAUUUGAAUCCUGAAGAUGGCGAUCGUACUUUAGAUUUGGCAACUCUCUCAGUCCAAUCUGUGAACGAUGUACAAGCAUCCUCCUUAUUUCAAAAUGGUGACACAGUUGAAGUCAUUGAAGGUGAUCUGAUCCACAGUACUGGUACCGUCGUUAGUGUUAGUGAUUCUUCUGUUAUAGUAUCUUUGAAUGUUGAAGGAUUUACCAAGCAAGUUCCAUUCCCACCAAAACAUAUUCGAAAACAAUUUAAUGAAGGUGAUCAUGUCAAGGUGAUUCAUGGUCGAUACAAGGAUGAAAGUGGUAUGAUCGUCAACGUCAAGGAUAAUAUUGUCACCAUUUUAUCAGAUGCUACUCUCAAAGAAGUCAAGGUAUUUGCGAAGGAUUUACGUGAAGCUAUGGAUGUAUCUUUUGGGAAAACCACUAUUGGCAAUUAUGAAUUACAUGAUUUGGUGCAAUUAGAUUUCCACACUGUUGGUGUCAUUACCAAAGUAGAUCGCAACUCAUUCAAGGUAUUAACUCAAAGUGGUGAAAUCCGUACAAUAGAACCUCAUCAGAUCACCAAUAAACGUGACAGUAAUCGAGCUGUGGCAACAGACGCAGCAGGCAAUAGUAUACGCUCUGGUGACAGUGUUAUUGAAGUGGGCGGCGAAAAACGAAACUGUAUUAUCCUACAUCUUUAUCGACAUUUGGUCUUCUUACAUUCACGGGAAAAUGCUGAAAAUUUUGGUGUAUGGGUGGUACCUACUCGACAAGUAGUCAAUGUUGCAGCGCAAAAUUCUAGAGCUGUGCCUUCAACACAAUCCGUCGAUUUAUCGAAACAACAACCUUACGGUGCUCCAGGUUUUGGACGUGGAGGUUUAGAUGCUCGUGGCCGUGGGCGUGGACGUGGUGGAUUCUAUGGUCGUGGUCGUGGUGGACGUGAUAAUCUGGUGGCAAAGACAGUUCGAGUUGCUCAAGGUCCUCAUAAAGGUUAUCUCGGCAUUGUCAAGGAUACAACGGAUUCUAUGGCAAGAGUAGAACUUCAUACAAAUUGUAAGAUCAUUAAUGUGGACAAGGCGAAGCUGGUUCUCGUCGAUUCUCGAGGUGGUACGAUUGGCCCUGCUGUGGAAGGCAAUGAAGGAUUCAAUACACCACGCAACGAAUUUGCAGCACCAUCAGCAACACCUAGACGUUAUGGUGAAGGUGCUAUGACUCCAAUGCAUCACGGAAGUUUAUCUGGAUCAAAAACCCCAGCAUGGAAUUCUAGUGCAAGAACACCUAAUCCUUAUGCUAUGGAUGGAUCAAAAACUCCUGCCUGGGAUGUUGGUAGCAAGACCCCCAAUCCUCACGCUUUUCAAGAUGGAUCAAAAACUCCUGCUUGGGAUUCUGGUAGUAAAACACCUAUGUGGAAUAAUAGCAAUAGUGCAAGGACUCCUGGUUUUGGUGAUUCUGGCAACAAAACUCCCAUGUGGAAUAGUAGAUAUAACGACAAUGAUCUUGCACCAACUCCAGCAGCUCAUGCAUUAUCAGCACAAACACCUGCAGCAAGUUAUGGUCACAUUGCUCCUUCUCCUGCACCAUAUCCACAAACUCCAGCUGUCAAUUUCUCACAAACACCUUACGACAGUGCUCCUACACCAGGGGCUAGUUUGGUACCAGCUACACCAGCGGGUCUCAGUGCACCAACUCCUGCAGCACAUAUGAUGACAGCAGCUACUCCAGGAUCAUAUAUUCCGGCAACACCGGCAGGACUUCAAGCUCAAACUCCAUUUAUGCCUACUGGUGGUGAUUAUGGUUAUAUAGAUGAACAACCUGAUGUAUCAAGUGACUGGCCGAUUGAAGAAGUUGAAGUCCAAUUUGUAAAGUCAGUUGGUGAAAUCAAUUCAGGACAAAUUGGAUCUAUUAUAUCAGUACAACAUGGAUCAAGGACAUGUAGUGUUCAAGUAUAUGACACAAAGAAUCGAGUGGAUAAUAUACGAUAUGAUGCUAUAGAACCUGUACGACCAAGCAAGAAAGACAAUGUAAAGAUUAUUCUUGGUGAUCAUCGUGGCGAACUUGGAUCAUUGAUUGGUGUAGAUAGUCAUGAUGGUAUUGUACGAAUCAAAGGUGGUGGUGGUGGUUUCAAGAUUAUGAGUAUGGGUUCUGUUGGAAGAUAUACUGGUAGUGAAGAUGUUAUGUAAUCUUCUAAAAGUUUUUUUUUUAUUUUAUUAUAUUAUUAUUUAUAUUUAUGAUUAUUAUUUUGAACAAAUAAAAGAAAAGAAGAAAUUUUAUUGAUGAAUGAAAAGAGCGGCAAAAUGACGAAAAAGGAAACCAUUCUUGGGGCGCUAAUAAUAGAAACGCGAAC